CAAGCCAGCACAGAAUGGGGAACAUGUCUGGGUGGCUUUGGCCUUCAGUCUGGCCCACCCCAUCUACAUCUGGGAGAGUCUGAUCUGUUUUUACCUGUCUUGGAUUCCCAGACCCUGAAGGGAUGGACAGCCACUCCACCUGACUAGGAAGGCAAGGAAGAAGAUGGAGUCAGAAUUCCUCUACGACCUGUUGCAGCUCCCAAAGGAGGUAGCUCAGCCCACGGAGGAAGAGCUCCCACGAGGAGAAAAGAAGAAAUAUCUAUCGCCCAAUUCCAAGAGGAACCCCAAGUUUGAAGAACUGCAGAAGGUGCUGAUGGAAUGGAUCAACACCACACUCCUCCCAGAGCACAUUGUGGUCCGCAGCCUGGAGGAGGACAUGUUUGAUGGGCUCAUUCUGCACCACCUGUUCCAGAAGCUGUCAUCCCUCAAGCUGGAAGUGGAGGAAAUCUCUCUGACCUCAGCCAGCCAGAGGCGCAAGCUAGGGGUCAUCCUGGAGGCCAUCAACCAGAGUCUGCAGGUUGAAGAGCAGCAGGCUAAGUGGAGCAUGGAGGCCAUCUUCAACAAAGACCUGCUGGCCACCUUGCAUCUCCUGGUGGCCCUGGCCAAACACUUUCAGCCAGAUCUGCCCCUCCCAGACAACGUCCAGGUGGAAGUCAUCCAUAUUGAGAGCACCAAGAUGGGCCUGAAGUCAGACAAACAGGUGGAGCAGCUCACAGAAUGCAACUCACACGAGGACCAGCCUUCACAGGACGCCUUUGAUGAAUUAUUUAAGCUGGCUCCGGAGAAAGUGCACGCCGUCAAAGAGGCCAUCGUGAGUUUUGUCAACCAGAAGCUGGAGCGCCUGGGCCUGUCUGUGCAGAGUCUGGACACCCAGUUUGCAGAUGGCGUCAUCCUGCUCCUGCUAAUUGGACAGCUGGAAGGCUUUUUCUUGCAUCUGAAGGAAUUCUAUCUCACUCCCAGCUCUCCCACAGAAAUGCUGCACAAUGUCACACUAGCCCUGGAGCUGCUCAAGGAUGAAGGCCUGUUCAGCUACCCUAUCAACCCUGAAGAUAUUGUGAACAAGGAUGCCAAGAGCACACUGCGGAUACUUUAUAGCCUAUUCCAGAAGCAUUCACUGAAGGCAGAGGGUGACGGGGCACACCAUGGCACCCCAAAUUAGUCACCGCUACCUCCCCAAGCUGUUUCUCAGAAGCUGAAACCUCUGGACACCCAGCAGUCCCAGAUCUUCCCACAUCAACAUCGUUACUGUGGGUUGGUGACAUGCUUGCCCCCCACACCAGUCUUGCUUACCUUUGAUCUCAACAGAUGGGGACCUAUUUUGUGCCUACUCUUGCUUUGCUCCAUGUAUUUUGACAGCUGUAUUAAUUGUAUUUAUGUGGGGGGGGGCUCUGAAUGCCUGUGGAGUCCUGGGUUAGCCUUUGACUAAGCCUUUGACUAUGAUGAAUAAGAGUUUGGUUCCCAGGCUAGACCAGCUCUCGUCAGCUUCCAGUCUGUCUACUAAAGCUAUACCUUGUUAGUGGCUGCUCAGACCCCACAAAGCUGACCAUCCCCAGCCAGAGGCUCUCUGGCAUCAAAGCUGAUGAUCUCAGGCCAAGGUCUCUGUAUACUUAGUUCCUGAUCAUCCUUCUCCCACUUGGGGUGAUGAACCCAGGACCAUUACCCAAAGACCAGAGCCCCAUGUGGAGAAAUGAAUUCAGUUUCUUGUCAGAGGACCCUGGCCAGGCUAUCCCUAUAGCUGCAGUUUUGAGCUCUGCAGCCCUGGGCCGCAGGGAAAAGAACCUAGAUUUGGUUCUUGGGUUCAGGUUAACUCUGGUCUGCACUCUGCCCUGUGAGACUUAGUAUCUUUUGCAAAGAGAGAGAAACAGCUGAAGAACUGAGCUGGUUCCAGGCUGGAGGAGAAGCUAUGAAGAGAGAUGCAAGGUAUGGGGAUUCAGUGGUACAGAGACAUAGGGGCAUAGGGAUUUGGGGGUACAGGGAUGUAGGGAGGUUAGCCUGUUACUCCUCUGGACUUUUCCCUGCUUGCUUCAGGUCCCUGCAAGGAAAAUCUUUUAGGUUUAGGGGUGUAUUUCCAAACAGAUUUGCCUUUGGGGGACUUUGGAGCAGUGUCUGGACAGGACAGGCCACCCCUACAAAGACAGUAGGCGGAGUUAGGUGACCUGGAGCUCUGGUGUAUGAUGUGAGGAGGCCUGGGGCUUCUCUCUACCCAGCUCCAUUCUACCUGCCCCUUGGGCCCUAUGCAGGCCACUCAAAAGUAUUAGAGGGCACCAUCAGAUAUCUCCUCUGCCCUGCUGCCUCUGGGACAUGUCCCUCUUCCAUAUCAGGAGCAUCCUCACAGAAGCUGGGCCUGGCUAUCUCUAUCUGCUCAGGUAGUCCUUCCAUGGAGACCUUCCUCUGUGCCUCGUCUCUUCUCUCUGGAGUAUCCUGAGCCAUGGUGCAAGCUUGAAACCUCUGCUUCUUUAUUAGAGGCUUGGCAGUUCAAAGCCAGAGUCCAUACGCACCUCCUAGACUCUUGGCUCCCUCCCUCCUUCUUCCUUGCUUGCUUGCCCUCCUGGCCCCUCCAUGUCCUCACCCUCCACCUCCUUACCUCCUGUCUGAUAGGAGAUUUGGAUCAUAAAGAGAAUCAUUUUUGAAACUUUAUUGAGGACUAAAUAACAUUUCUCAGUUUACAUGUACUACUUAAUGACAGCUGACAAAUAU